CUCCCCAUCUCCGGCAGAGGGAAAGCGGGGCGGGGCCGUGAGUCAGGCCCGAGGACAAAGAAAGGGCGGGCGCGGCUCUCGGAAUUCCCGGGGCGGGCAGGCCCGCGCCGCUCCCGGGCCCCCGGCCACACCCACGCCCGCCACCAUGGAGUUCGACCUGGCGGCAGCCGUGGAGCCCUCCUCUGAGAAGCAUCCGGAAGCAGGCCAGGUGGGCGACCCCAAGCAGAGCCCCCCGAAAAUUCAGGGCCCGUCCGCGGCAGGGGCCGCUGGUAGCCCGAGGCACGGCCACCAUGGCUCCUCGGACUCGACCAGCAGCAGCAGCAACUCCAGCGACUCGGACCCGGAGGCCAAGCACGAAGGCACGGCGGGCAAGGUCAAGAAGCCCAAGGUGAAGAAGAAGAAGAAGGAGAAAGGGAAGAAGAAGGAGGCUCCCCACUGACGGGCGGGGCGGGGCGGGGCUCGGCUCAAUAAACUUCUCUGGCCCUCC